AUGCGUGUGUCACAUUUGGACAUCUUUAUCUCCAUCUCCUCAUGUGAUUGUGAGUGUAAAGUUAAGAGGUGGGCUAGAGCGCAUUGUAAUAUAAAACCGAAAGUGGCUGUCGGUCGGUGUCCACCGACGGAUGCUGGUCAUUGGCCGAUCAGUCGUCUUCAGUUUUGCUCCACGGUCUCCGAACAGGACCAGCCCUUCGUUGCUGGCCAAAUAAAACCAAUUCGUGGUAAUCAGCGACUGUCAGCUUCUUUCGGUUUCACUCGAUGA